AUGCAGGCAGCAUCGGCCAGCGCCCUCAGUGCCCUUGCCGACCCUCCUGCUCGAAUGGUCGAUGGUGCAGCCAUGGAUUACUUAUUGAUCGAAGCUGUGAAUGCACUUCGUGUCUCAUCAGCAGUCGCUUCUGCUCGAGCCAAAAAAAUCGAGCAUGACAUGGUCGAAGCUGGGUUGGUUCCACCACCACCACCACCACCACCCGCCAAACAACAGAAUCCGAGAGAUAGUGCUAGUAGCACGUCGGGUAAGAUACCAGGGCCUGCGGAUGAGGAUGAGGGGGUGAGGUCUAGGCUGGAAGCUAUCGGUAUGCACGUCGGGGGUAACUUUGCGGAGAGGCUUUGCCGUGAUCGCCCAUUAUUCAGCGACUCUCUGGACGUUAUCAAGUUUGUUUGCAAGGAUCUUUGGGUCUCUUGCUGGGACAAACAAGUCGACAACUUACGUACAAAUCACAGAGGGGUCUAUGUUCUUCAAGAUAAUGCCUUCAAGCCAAUUUCUCGAAUUUCCUCAUGGGAAGGUCGACAAGAAGCCCUCAAGCGAGCCAAGCUGUAUGUCGCACUUCCUGCUGGGAUUAUUCGAGGUGCAUUGUCUCGAAUCGGGUUUCAAGGGACGGUGGUUCCUGAAAUCACCACUCUACCUCAGUGCACCUUCCAGAUUAAGCUACCAAAAAACACAUGA